UUCUUGUUCUUGUACUUAAUAACAAUACAAAUCAAUAGGACCGUUCAUUUAAAAUUGAUCUCGACCAUUGGCUUUUCUAAUUCUCUUUGCUACUUUGCUACGGAGCUCAAGGAGUUUCUUUUCCUUACGUCGCUGCUGCAAGGUGCUCAGGUUACUAUUUUAGUUUUUUCAUUCUUCAUUCCCUUCAUUUUCAUGCUAAUUUCUCUCAAUCCGUUCGACUUUCUUUCACCUCCUUCUCAAUUUCUUUCUCUCCCGCUCUCUAUUAAUUUGGCCAUAAUUGCAACGUCAUCACAACACUCAUGGAGUCAUGGGACCUUCGAAUUGAUUCUUUCCCGUAUUUUACCAUAUUUCUUCCAUCGCAAUUUGCAAUGUUACACAUGGAAGAGAAUGUUUAAUUUGCACCCACGCCAAAUCGUUCAAGAGGUACCUUCUCCACAAGGAAAAUGAUGUAUGGCGCAGAUGGAAAGAAAGGUAAUGAACAUGUAGCUGCACCACAUCCUUCACACAAAACCGGAAAGACACCUGCUGCUAUUCAGAAAACUCCAAAAUCAGGAGGUUCUCAUCAAUGCAAGGACUGCAUUAGGUAAAAGGGUUAAAACACAAACAUGUAGCUGCACCACAUCCUCCAUUGAGUACUGAUGUUAUUUCACUGAAUUUGUUUGUGGUGGUGUUGAAACUAUCAUUUGGUGGAUUAGAAAGGCUGAUGGGCUUCCUUCUAUGCUCCAUCUAUGUUGUUAAUCGUGUUAUUUGUGAGAAGAUUAAGAAGCCUUGCUACCGGAGUAGUUCUUUGGACCUAUGGCUGCAAGAAACUAGAAGGUUGGGGAUCCUUUUUUCUUUAGAGAAAUGGAAAAGUUAUUUUGUGGAUGUCAAAGUUACUAAAAGGGUAUAUUUGGGCUUUAAAGUUAACUUUUAGAGUUGUUUGAGUCAAAAAAUAGAUCAAGGGUAUAUGUACUCUAUCACUCUAGGGUGUAUCAUUGAGGGAUAUUUUUGUUUCUUAUCCCUACGUAAAAACAUAAAGAUCCCUUAAUCAACUAUUCAACUACCACCACUUAUUUUCUUAUUGGAUUUUGCUUCAGGACUUUUGCCUCUGAAAGUUGUUUGGGUUCUCACUCAAAAGAAAAGCAUAGUGCUUCAAAAGAAAAGCAUAGUGCUGGAAAGUGAAUUUGAAGUUUUGAACCCACCCAGUAACAGGAGUAUUUAUAGGAAGUCAAAGAGUUUUCGUUGUUGCUGUGGUUAUAAUGUUAAUAGAGAGACGGUUCAGUAUGUUUUGGUUCCACUAGCUCCCUUUGUUAGUUGUAAGUUUUUUAAUAUAGAGGGUAAUCUUUUAGAUUAAGUUUUGUUUUAAGAUAUUUGAUACAGAUGGAACACAGAUUCAAAAAAUAGUGAUUAAUUUUUUCUUAAUUUUCACAAAAUUGCAUCAAAACUCUCGCACAAUCCCCAUGACCAAACAUACCAAACUCUAGAUCCCAAACAAACUCAAACUCCCCAUUCCUUUGAGCCGAAUUUAAUUGAAAAACCCUAAUUUUUGUUUUCAUCUCUCCACUAAUCUCAAAUCUCACCCCCAAACAAAAACAAAACAUCCAAACAAAGAUGACAUGAGAACACUAGGGACAGUGCUCGAACUAAGUAGGGGGGAGUCAGUCAUUUGGUAUGUACUCAUUCUUUCCAGCUUGAACUUGCAUUAUCCUUAAAAAACAGACAAAGAAAAAAAUGCUAGUUAGGUUGAAAAUCCAAAAUUGGGCAAUCAAAGCAAAAGUGGCUAAAAUGAGUGAGUUGGGAGAAAGAAAAAAAAGAGAGGCUAGGAUGAAAACCUGAAAAAGCUCUUAGGCAGAAUGAGAGAAUGAGAGGAAAUUUCAUCCGGAUUUAUACAAGAACUCAUUUCACUUGGGAGUUUUUGGGAUGCAGUCAGUGAAAAGAAUAAUUGUUCUUGAAGAUCAUGAAGACCCUCUUUCUUUGUAAAUUGAGGAUGAUUGAAAAACUGAACAUGUUAUUCUUUUGAAUUUAUUUGUUCUGUGGAUUGUGAACUGUUGUGUUGGCUUUUACUCGAGGACGAGCAAAUGGACUAAGUAGGGGGGAGUUUGAUAGUAUAGAAUUGUUAUUGUUUAUUUUUGUAAUUUUAACUAGUUUUUGUUAGUUCUAGUUGUGGAAAUUAUACACUUUUGGUGUAAUACUUUAUUUUCAUAUUUAUUUGUAAAUUGUUUAGAUUAGGACUUUUCUAAGCUAAACAGGUCAAAGAUCAUCAAAAGGAUCAAGAUUGGACCUCAAAAGAUCAAGGAAAGUGCAAGGAGACAAGAAAGAUUUCGAUUUGGGUAAAAUACUCUUAUACCCGGUCGGGUAUAAACAAUACCCGAUCGGGUAUUUGCUUGAUUCGAUUGUCCAAAUCAAAUCUGAGGACAAAUGAACGUGGGAGCAAGAUUUCGUAAAAGAUUUGUCACAUACCCGAUCGGGUAUGCCGACAUACCCGGUCGAGUAUGCCCAGAAAAGUGACUUUCUGGGAAAUUUCCUAAGAUACCUGAUCGGGUAUUCUAUAUACCCGGUCGGGUAUCAGACCUUGCAGCUCCCAAAAGCCUAUCAAUACACCCCUUUCCUACACAAUAAAAACACCAAUUCACAUAUACUUCUUAGCUCAGUUUAGACAAGCCCUUUCUUUAUAUUUUCUUCAUGUUUAGUCUCCAAAUGAGGAGCUAAGCUCUUCCAUCUUGGUUUUGCUACUUUGAAGCUUAAUGAAUUUGUAAGUUGUGAGUUAUUUUCUUUAAUCUUCUUCCUUGAAUAUUAAUUAUUUCCUAUUCAUAUUCCAUAUUAAUAUUUUGAGCAUUACUUAAAGGAUCAACUAGUUUUGUUUCAUAUAUUAAUUAUUACUAGAAUCAAUC